GAGCACGGCUCAGUGCAAAUAGGAGGAGGCUGGUGUUCAUGGACAGGAGGAGGGGAAGGGAAAGGCGAUAAGGAAGCCCAGCAAGUUGGGAAGGGUGAAGCUUAUCGGAGUGGAAUCCGCGAGUUCCAUGUUCCGGGAGCCCAUUGUGUGUGAAUUGUGUCAGCUGAGGAGCCCCUCCUCCUCCGUGCCUAGUCAGGAUGAGGAGACAGUGAUAACACUGAGAGAGGUGGAUUCGUGUGAUUCCAUUCACCGGGGAGAGGAGUGGCUGGGACACACACCGUGCUGACAGUCUACAGCUCCGUACAAUUGGCCUCCUUCCUGUGUGGGUGACCCCGGCAUUGUCAGCAUGGGGAGCCGGGAAGAGGAGCGACGGAAACUGGCCGACAUUAUUAACCAUUGGAAUGCCAACCGGCUCGACCUGUUCGAGAUCAGCCAACCCACCGAGGAUUUGGAAUUUCAUGGAGUUAUGAGAUUUUACUUUCAAGACAAAGCUGCAGGAAAUUUUGCAACAAAAUGCAUCAGAGUCUCAAGUACAGCCACAACACAGGAUGUCAUAGAAACUCUGGCUGAAAAGUUCCGUCCAGAUAUGAGGAUGUUGUCGUCUCCUCGAUAUUCUUUAUAUGAGGUUCAUGUGAGCGGAGAAGAAAGAAGACUUGAUGUUGAUGAAAAGCCUCUAGUGGUUCAGCUCAACUGGAACAAAGAUGACCGGGAAGGACGGUUUGUGCUCAAGAAUGAAAAUGACAUUCAGCCACCGAAGAAAGCUCAGACCAAUGGACCUGAGAAACAAGAAAAGGAAGGAGUAAUACAGAAUUUCAAGAGGACACUUUCUAAAAAAGAAAAGAAGGAGAAGAAAAGACGUGAAAAAGAGGCAAUAAAGAUGGCAACAGAUCGAGAAGACGGACCUCAACUGCAUGAAGACACUGAAAAUUCACGCCUAGCUGCAGAAGUUUACAAAGACAUGCCAGAAACCAGCUUUACCCGGACAAUAUCCAAUCCAGAAGUAGUUAUGAAGCGACGAAGACAGCAGAAACUAGAGAAGAGGAUGCAGGAGUUUCGAAGCUCAGAUGGCCGGCCAGACUCUGGUGGGACAUUGAGAAUAUAUGCUGACAGCUUAAAGCCAAACAUUCCAUACAAAACUUUUCUGUUGUCGACAAACGAUACAGCAGAUUUUGCUGUUAUUGAAGCACUGGAAAAAUAUGGUAUGGAGAAAGAAAAUCCCAGGGAUUUCUGCAUUGCCAGGGUAAUGUUACCGCCUGGUGGCCAACAUUCAGAUAAAGGUUUGAAAGAAACCAUACUGGAUGACGAUGACUGUCCUCUACAGAUAUUCCGGGACUGGCCAAAUGAUAAAGGAGAACUUGUGUUUCAGUUGAAAAGAAGACCUUCAGAUUACUUCUCAAAGAAAAACCGAAAACAUGAGGGCAAGCCAUCAAAAGAAAGGAUGGAUGCCUAUGGUUACUCUCUUUCACCAGAUAAACUGCCUUACUUGGUAGAAUUGAGUCCAGGCAGAAGGAACCACUUUGCCUACUACAACUUUCAUUCUUGUGAAGAUGGGUCAGACUCUAGGGAUAAGCCAAAGCUCUAUCGUCUUCAGCGAAGUGUCACUGAAGUUGGAACUGAGAAACUUGAUGAGAAUUCUAUACAGUUGUUUGGCCCAGGCAUACAGCCCCAUCACUGCGAUCUUACAAAUAUGGAUGGAGUAGUCACGGUCACCCCAAGAAGUAUUGAUGCUGAUACUUUUGUUGAUGAUCAGCGUAUCACUGAAACCACCAUGUUACACAGUGGAGUGAAGGUGCAGUUUGGGUCAUCCCAUGUUUUUAAAUUUGUGGAUCCUAAUCAUGACCAGUUGCUGGGUAAAAGACCAUCUGAUGCUGGACAGAUGUUUAGAGGGCAAAGGGGCAAGAUGGGGGUUCAGGAAACCACAUUUGGCCUAGAAGGAGAUGUUCUUAGUGGCUCAUCGCUGCAGUCCAAUAAGAGCUCUAGUAAGUUGGACAGUGAUAAAAUGGGAAGCUCUACAGAACGUGGCAUGGUAAAGCCAAUGAUACGGAUGGAUAAGCAACAAGAACCCCGUAGUCUGGAUGGCAGACCUCAGGAUGCCAAUGGACCUGAGCAUGUGUUACCUGCAAGCAUCGAGUUUAGAGAAAACUCGGAAGACUCCUUCCUGUCUGCCGUCAUCAAUUACACAAAUAGUUCCACUGUGCACUUUAAACUGUCUCCUACCUAUGUGUUAUAUAUGGCCUGCCGGUAUGUAUUGUCCAGUCCGUACAGAGCAGACAUCAGUCCUACUGAGAGAACUCACAAAGUAAUUGCCAUUGUGAACAAGAUGGUGAGCAUGAUGGAAGGUGUAAUACAGGAAAUAGACCAGGGUGACCAGAAGCAAAAAAACAUCGCUGGAGCACUUGCAUUCUGGAUGGCAAAUGCAUCGGAACUGCUCAAUUUUAUUAAACAGGAUCGGGAUCUCAGCCGUAUCACUUUAGAUGCUCAGGAUGUUUUGGCACAUUUGGUCCAAAUGGCUUUCAAGUAUUUAGUGCACUGCCUCCAGUCAGAACUAAGCAAUUACAUGCCAGCGUUCUUAUACGAUCCAGAGGAGAACAACUUACAAAAGCCAAAAAUAGAUGAAGUCCUACACACCCUGACUGGCGCUAUGUCUCUUCUGAGGCGCUGUCGAGUAAAUGCAGCUCUUACUAUUCAGCUAUUCUCUCAGCUCUUCCACUUCAUCAAUAUGUGGCUUUUCAACCGACUGGUCACUGAUCCAGACUCUGGGUUAUGUUCUCACUACUGGGGUGCCAUUAUACGCCAGCAACUAGCGCACAUAGAGGCUUGGGCUGAAAAACAGGGCCUUGAACUUGCUGCUGAUUGCCACCUUAGCAGGAUAGUUCAGGCAACAACUCUACUUACCAUGGACAAGUACUCUCCUCAAGAUAUCCCUAACAUUAACAAUACCUGCUUUAAACUAAACUCCUUGCAACUGCAUGCUUUAUUGACGAAUUACCACUGUGCACCAGAUGAACCUUACAUUCCUACGGAACUGAUUGAGAAUGUAGUAUCUGUUGCUGAAAACACUGCUGAUGAAUUGGCACGAAGUGAUGGACGAGAGGUUCAGUUAGAGGAGGAUCCUGAUUUGCAGUUGCCUUUUCUUUUGCCCGAGGAUGGCUAUUCGUGCGAUGUGGUUCGAAACAUUCCCAAUGGUUUACAGGAGUUCUUGGACCCAUUAUGCCAAAGAGGCUUUUGCAGGCUUAUCCCUCAUACCCGUUCACCUGGGACGUGGACAAUUUUCUUCGAAGGUGCCGAUUAUGAGAAUCAUAUGCUGAGUGAAAGUGCAGAUCUGCCUUUAAGAAAAGACCCUGAAAUAAUCACUGUGACGCUGAAGAAGCAGAAUGGCAUGGGCCUAAGUAUUGUUGCUGCAAAGUAUAGUGCACAGCAAGUUACAAGGGCCCUGGAUUUAAGGCAGAAUCAACAGGGCGCUGGACAAGAAAAACUUGGCAUCUACAUAAAGUCUGUUGUCAAAGGAGGUGCUGCAGAAGUGGAUGGCCGUCUUGCAGCAGGAGACCAGCUCCUCAGUGUGGAUGGAAGAAGUUUAGUGGGGCUGUCCCAAGAAAGGGCUGCUGAAUUGAUGACAAGAACGGGUGCAGUUGUGACACUUGAGGUAGCAAAGCAAGGAGCAAUAUACCAUGGCCUGGCUACACUAUUAAAUCAGCCAUCUCCUUUAAUGCAAAGAGAUCGCCGUGGCUCAGGGAAACCUAGACCAAAGAGUGAAGGGUUUGAGCUUUAUAAUAACACUGCUCAGAAUGGGUCUCCAGAAAGUCCCCAAAUGCCUUGGCCAGAAUACUCGGAACCAAAGAAAUUACCUGCUGAUGACCGACUAAUGAAGAAUCGGGCCGACCAUCGUUCCAGCCCCAAUGUAGCAAAUCAGCCUCAAAGUCCUGGUGGAAAAGCUGCAUAUGCCAGUAACUCAACAGUCAAGAUCACAUCUGUCUCUACAGGGAACUUGUGUGCUGAGGAACCACCAGCCCCAGCAAGACCUGAGGCAUAUCCAAUUCCAACACAAACUUAUACUAGAGAAUAUUUUACUUUUCCAACUCCCAAAUCUCAAGAUCGGAUGGCACCUGCACAAAGUCAGUGGCCAGACUAUGAGGAAAAAGUUCAGGUCCAAAUGGGAAGCCACCAUUCUAGCAAUAACUCAGUCCAAAGAAUUGCUCAUUCUCAAGAGGAGUUGAGAGAUGAUCAGGGAUUUCCUUCAGAUAGAGGUCGCCUAGAGCCUUUGUUACGAAAAGAUAUUGAAUAUUUGGACAGGAAGGUAGAUGGUAAAGAUAGUUGGAUGAACCAAAGCUCUUCUGUGGAAUCUAGCACAUCUAGCCAAGAACACUUGAACAAUUCUAUUAAAACUUAUUCUUCUGCAUCAUCAUUAAACAAAUCUGGACCUGGGCGCUGGAAAACACCACUUGCAUCUCAGCCUGCACCAGUUGCUGUGUCUCAGCCUAUAAGAACAGAUCUACCACCCCCACCACCUCCUCCUCCAGUGCAUUAUGGAGUAGAAUGUGAAGGAGUUCCUGUUGAUUUACCCCUUCCACCUCCACCAUCACAAAAUCCAUUGGGACCACAGUUAAAUGCUCAAGCAGCAGCAGUUGAAAGAAAAAAGAGAGAGGAACAUCAAAGAUGGUAUGAAAAGGAAAAAGCCCGCUUGGAAGAAGAAAGGGAGAGGAAAAAGCGUGAACAAGAAAGAAAGCUUGGGCAAAUUCGACCUCCGGUUCCUGCUCCUCCACAGCCCAUGUUGCCACAACCUCAAACGGCAGCCCCAGCUUCUAACAUUCCGCAACCAAGACCAGAAAAACCAGCAACUCUUCCUCGUCCUCAAGAAACCGUCAUAAGAGAGCUGCAACCUCAGCAACAGCCACGCACAAUAGAAAGAAGGGAUCUUCAAUACAUCACGAUCAGCAAAGAAGAGCUUUCUUCCGGUGACAGCCUUUCCCCAGACCCAUGGAAGAGGGAUGCCAAGGAGAAAUUGGAAAAACAGCAGCAAAUGCACAUAGUAGAUAUGCUAAGUAAGGAGAUCAAUGAACUACAAAACAAGACUGAACGAACUGCAGAAGAGAAUGACAGACUUCGAAAAUUAAUGCUUGAGUGGCAGUUUCAGAAGCGGCUUCAAGAGUCUAAGCAAAAAGAUGAAGAUGAUGAUGAUGAUGAAGAUGAUGAUGAUGAUGACGUAGACAUGCUUAUUAUGCAGCGCCUUGAAGCAGAGAGAAAAGCAAGGCAGACUGCUAUGCCAGCAAUCUCUAUUCUAGAUUUGUUACAGGAUGAGGAAAGAAGACGACAACAACAAAUGGAAGAGAUGCGCAAACGAGAAGCUGAAGAUCGCAUACGACAAGAAGAAGAACGCCGGCGUCAAGAGGAGGACCGACCAAAGCGAGACUCUGAAGACAAGAGGAGGCAGGAAGAGGAGUACUACAACCGUUUGGAAGCAGAGAGGCGCAGGCAACAUGAGGAGGCAGAGCGGAGAUUACUAGAGCCUGAAGAGCCUGGUCUGUACAGACCUCCACUCCCAAGGGAAUAUGAGCUCCCAUCCCCACCCCUCCCGUCUAACGCUCCGCCUCCCCCACCUCAGCGAAACACUUCUUACCUCAAAACACAAGCUCUGUCACCUGACACGGUUUACACUGCCAAGUUUGUUGCAUACACUGAUGAUGAGGAAGACACAAACCUAGCAGGUCAGGAUAAGUACUCCAGCACAAGAAAGUCUUAUGGUGACCUUCCUCCAGCUUCACAUAAGCCACAGCUGCCUGCUGCACGCCAGCCUCGUCCUGUGUCCGAUGGCUUCUUUCUUUCAAAUUCAUUCCAGCCACCUACAGCCAAUGCCAACAGUACUGGUAGCAAAACAGGCCUGGCCCCUCCCAUAGCAAAUAAGCCAGGUUUUCUUCACCAAAGCAUCUCUAAAGGAUCAAAUUCUUACACUGGAUCAUCAAGUACGAUAGCUGGGAACAAUGAAGUUUAUAGGGAUCCAAGAGAUAAGAGACUAAAAAGCCAAGAUGGAGAUCUUUCUACAACUGGUGGACCCCCGGAGAGCUUGACCUUUAAGGAACGCCAACGCCUCUUCUCUCAUGGCCAGGAUGUGUCCAACAAAGUUAAAGCUUCUCGCAAACUAAUGGAACUGGAAAAUGAGCUAAAUACAAAAUGAUCCUUGUGUUUUACUAUAAGGCACCUUAUAGUUUAAACAAUAUAUAUUCUAAUCAAAGGACUAAAGUGGGUGGGAUGACAAAAGUGUAAAAGGGAGGAAUAUAAAUAUAUAUAUUUUUUCUGUAAAGAGUGAUUUUAUGAGUCAUUUAUUUUGAGACUGUUGAUUUGAAACCUAGAGAUACUGCAAUAACAAGAAUGAUCUAGUUCCUUCCAAACUGAUUUUAAGGUUUGCGAAUCUCAAGUACUAUUUAUGUGAUUUUUGUUGCUUAUGGACACAUUUGGAAAAUUUUGGACUCCUGGCACAAGCUGAUAGCGAUUAAAAAGAAAAAAAAAAAGAGCCUGUGAUGAACUGCUGAAGGCGUUCCACUGUAAAUGUCAAAGUGAAUAUUACAGUACUGUGGAAGCCUGCACCAAAUCUUGUAAAUGUUAAAUACUUGUUUGCACAUUGGAUUAUUUUCCCUCUUUGUGUCAUAUCUGUCAAAAUAGUUUACUGACAGUUUUUUUCAAAGUACAUUUUGGAGCAAGGAAAUGGUUUGGGGGAACUCCACUAUACGGUUGCUUCCUUGUCGCCGGUGUAAAAAUCUGCACAUUGGAUCUCCAAGGGAUGCAUUUAAUAGACCGAUCUUUGUAAUAGAAAAGAUUUUUUUAUAAUAAAAAUGCAUCUAAUGUUAAUAUCUUUAAUUGGUUAGGCUUUUGCUUACAAACACUGGACUACAAUUGAUAUUUUUCAAGUUAUUGUACAUUUUACAGUUCUAGCAAUUAUCUUUCAGAUACAGAAUAAACAGUUCUGAAAUAAUGAGUCAGUAAAUAUUUUUAUCACCGAUCAUUUUCCUUUAAGGGGGUGUCAUUCUUGGGCUGGCAAUCACCACUGCUUUUAACAAUUUUAAGUCCAUGAGCACUUAUAAAGGCUAAGGCAAUAGGGCUAUAGUUAAGUUUCACAUUUUAUUGAAAAUAUGGACUUUGUGAAAAGUCAAUGUACUCUGCUACAAUAGAGUUGUUUGUAAAAAUAUAUAGUAAGAAUGAAUUGAUAUUGAAAAUCUGUAUUAAAACCUUUUUGUUUUAAUUUUGCAAUUCAACUUUUUUUUCUGUUGCAGAUAUAUGUAUAAUUGGUCUGUGUUUUGGACAUGAACACAUCUAAGUAUUUUAAUAGACCUUCAGAAAAAUUGGGUCUUAUUUUCAUUUAAAAGAUGCACCUAAUUAAAUUACAUUUAAUUCUUAA